GUUUUACUUUCUGCUGAGAACACGUCAUCUUGCAUCUCCCAGCUUCACAAGCAGGACAAAUCAUUUUCAAAAUGUCAACAGAGUGUCUUAUGACUCCAGAGGUUCCGGAAAACAGACUAAAUGGCCAGGAACAGUUAUAUUCAAAACUUUCAGAAAAACUGAUCGAGGACUGCAAGAUGGAUGCAGAACAAAAACAGGAUAAGUGCCCCCCAGAAGCACAGGGACCUGAACAGGAGCAGAAAAAACCCCGGAGAAAAGACACGCCAGUGCUUUAUAUCCAUCCUGUUAUUCCAGGAGUUAAACUGAUGAAAGAAGAAAACCAAGCAAUUUUUAUGGAAGAUGAAGAAAAGGAAUGGAAGAAUUAGCUGUCCUGUUGUAUCUUAAGAAAUUGGAUGAUUGUCAGGGAUUUCGAGAGUGGUAGGAGUUCUGAAGUGUGCUGUCUCAUGGGUUUGUUUUUUUACACACUUUCUCUUUGAGUGUCCAUAUGAAUUGCAAACAACAGCUGUACGUGUGACAAGAAGUGUUGUUUUUUUUUGUAAUGGUCUAUAUGUGUUAUGCCCUAUGUAACGAAACAGACAAUUUCGCUUUUGGAUAGAAAGUAGAACCUCAUUUCACAUACUACAAAAAUGCGAUAGUGAAAAACUAUUUGUUUUGUUGUCAAGGCUGUCAAAAACCACCCUAUAGGCACAUGUUUUUUUUUUUUUUUUUUUUUUUUUUUAUCUUCGAUGAAUAUAUAGUACAUAGAUUUACUGGCCAGGCCCAUCCCAUAGGGAAGCACCUCCACUUGUGAUAUUUAUUAUAUUUAUAGAAAGAAACAUAGAGCUAUUUAAAUAUUGGUACCAUUUAAAGUAAUUGAAUUACCUGUGCCUUUUACCUGUGCUAUUGAGUACUUGUUGUUUCCUCUUAUCCAUCAACUUCAGUAUUAGCAGAAGAAAUAACUUUCCCUAUGAAUACAUUUUCAUUAUAGUACUGCUGUCCUGAAAGUGACUUUUUAAAAGGUACUGGAUCAAAUAACAAAACAAAUAAAAACUGUGGUAAAGAUAACUGAUGUUUUUUGGCAUUGGUCGCCCUUCACUGUA